UCAACUUUCCAGCCAUGGCGAAGGAAGAUCCUGAAGGAGUGGAUUGGUUGUACAACCAAAAGUCGCUGCAGAUGUAUCUGUCUCUGCUGCGCUGCAGUAAGAAGGAUGCCACUCUGGAGGCAUGCUGUGGAGCCCUGCAGAACCUGACUGCUUCAAAGACCCAUUUGUCCACUCUGAUGAGUCAAAGCAUCAUACAGAAGCCGCAUGGCCUGUCUGACAUUUCACACCUGCUGAUAUCAAGAAACCCGGGCCUGCAGAAGACCGCCAUGUCCUUAGUGGGCAACAUGUCCCGGGUGUCAUCUCUACGGGGUAUUAUGGGUAAGAGUCUUUUGUAACACUCAAGUGCCACAACUAAUGAAAGAGUGUUGUCAGUUCUGUGUUCUGUGUUGUGCCUGUUAAGUAACAUCUGCACAAGCACAGGAACAGACAAGAAAAUGUAAUUCGAGGAGAGUGUGCUGUAAGUUAGUCUCCUGAGCCUCUGCUUGCUGGAGGUACUUCUGUUUCUCACUCUCUCAACAGCAGGUCUGUGUUUGUGUGAAUGGACGCCAGCAGAUUGUCAACUGAUACCCCAGAGGCAGUAAAAAUAACAAUCU